AUGGAGCAGUGGAACAGAGAACCAGGAAGGAGCCAGAACCCUAAGGGCUCAGAAUGCUGCCUAGCGAGGCCUGCUGGAAACCAAGAGUAUAACCCGGAGCAGAGACCCCAGAGAUCAGAUUAUCAGAUGAAGAGAUCUCCUCCAGGUCCUGAAUCCAAAUUCCCAACUGUACCCCAGUCCCAAACUGUGCUUUCAGACUUAGGGCAGCCCCAGCCCAAGUCUUCUCUGACAGGCACUGAUAAGAAGUACCCACUGAUGAGGCAGUGCGGAUUUUACUCUGACAUCCUCAGCCCUGGAACCUUGAACCAACUUGGGAAUGUUUGCAAUGGCCCCUACAUGUCCCAGAACUUGAUUCGUCAAGCCUACCUCGACAAGUUCACACCAAAAGUCAAAUCCUUCAAGGUUCCAGAGAACUUCCAGGAGCAGGUGGAGCAGCAGUGCAUUGGUUCCACCACGAGGCUGCUUACCCAGACUGACUUCCCACUGCAGGCCUAUGAGCCUAAGGUGCAGGUGCCAUUCCACGUGCUGCCCGGACAGCGCCCCCGCAAGACUGAGAUUGAGAGGAGGAAACGGCAGUACCUGAGCCUGGACAUAGAGCAGCUGUUGGCCAGCAAGGGCAUCAACUCCAACAAGCUCAUGCCCAGGCACCCAGACCUGCAUCACCCCCAAACCAUCGAACAAGGCCAUGACCCACUCUUUCCCAUCUAUCUUCCAUUGAAGGUGUUUGAUAAUGAAGAGUUUGACUGCCGGACUUCCACUGAGUGGCUCAACAUGGGCUUGGAGCCAGGGUCUCAGAACAGGAAACCUGUCCCUGGAAAAGCCCUUCUUCCCACUGAUGACUUCUUGGGGCACGAGGACCCCAAGAGUCAGAAGCUAGAUUAUAAAUGGUGCGAAGUUGGCGUCCUUGACUGUGAUGAGGAGAAGAAGCUCUACCUGGUGCAAAAAACUGACAAGAAAGGCCUGGUGCGAGACGAUAUGGGGAUGCCCAUCAUGAAUGGAGGUGUCACAAGUGAAGGAAGGCCACCCAUGCUGAUCUCCCAGUACUGGGUGCCGCGGAUCCAGCUGCUCUUCUGCGCUGAGGACCCUCGUGUGUUCACGGAGCGCGUGGUCCAGGCCAACCACCUGCGCAAGAACACGGAGGCGCUGCUGCUGUACAAUCUGUACGUGGACUGCAUGCCCACCCAGGGCGAGCUCACCAUCAAUGAGCAGAGCCUGAACAAGAUCAAAUACUGGGCGCUGAGCACGCCACGCAUGCGCAAGGGACCGCGGGUCCUGGAGCACUUCAGCAGCCUGGCCAGAGAAGUGAGCCUGGACUAUGAGCGUAGCAUGAACAAAAUCAACUUUGACCAAAUCGUCUCUUCCAAGCCCGACACAUUCUCCUAUGUGACUCUGCCCAAAAAGGAAGAAGAAAGGGUGCCCAGUCAAGGGCUGGUGAGUAUCCCUAAGUACCCCUUCCGGGAGCAAAAGGAAGACUUCACCUUUGUGACCCUGCUUACUCGGCCAGAGGUCAUCACAGCUCUGAGCAAGGUGCGGGCAGAGUGUAACAAGGUGACCUCCAUGUUGCUGUUCCACUCAAGCCUCUCCAAGUACAGCCGCCUAGAGGAAUUUGAGCAGAUCCAGUCUCAGACCAUCUUCCAGGUACAGAUGUUCCUCAAGGACAGCUGGGUCAGCACACUGAAAGUAGCCAUGCGCAGCAGCCUACGAGACAUGAGCAAGGGCUGGUAUAACCUCUAUGAGACCAACUGGGAGGUGUAUCUCAUGUCAAAGCUGCGCAAGCUAAUGGAGCUGAUCAAGUACGUGCUGCAGGACACACUGCGGUUCCUGGUACAGGACUCGCUGAGCAGCUUCUCACAGUUCAUCGGUGACGCCUGUUGCAGUGUACUCGACUGCACUGAUGACAUGGUCUGGGGUGAAGGCUGCAUGAACAGUCCCUACAGACCCCGGAAGAAUCCCCUGUUCAUCGUAGACUUAGUGCUGGACGGCUCGGGAGUACACUACAGUACACCUCUGGAGCAGUUCGAGAUGACUCUAGUCAAUCUCUUCGACAAGGGCAUCCUGGCCACCCACACAGUGCCCCAGCUGGAGAAGCUGGUGAUGGAGGACAUUUUUAUCAGCGGUGACCCCCUGCUGGAGUCAGUGGGGCUUCAUGAGCCACUGGUGGAAGAACUACGAGCUAGCAUCACCAAUGCCAUGCGCAAGGCCAUGAUCCCACUGCAGGCCUAUGCUAAUGAGUACAGAAAGUACUUGGAGCUGAACAACAACGACAUCAGCACCUUCCUCAAGGCCUACCAGAAUCAGUGCCCGUCAGCAGAGGAGGUACGUGAGGUGGUAGUUACCCACCUGAAGGAGAAAGAGAUCCUGGACAACUCCCUGCCCAGCGGCAUCAUUAUUGGGCCAUUCUACAUCAACAUUGACAACAUCAAGCAGAGCCUGUCCAAAAAGCACAAAGACCUGGCCACUUCCAUGCUGGACAUCCUGGCCAAGAACCUACACAAGGAGGUGGACAGUAUCUGUGAAGAGUUCCGCAGCAUCAGCCGAAAGAUCUAUGAGAAGCCCAACAGCAUUGAGGAGCUCGCUGAACUGCGAGACUGGAUGAAGGGCAUCCCCGAGAAGCUGGUGGUGCUAGAGGAGCAGAUCAUGAAGGUCAUGUGCGACUAUGAGGUCAUGGACGAAUUCCUUUACAAUCUCAACUCAGAUGACUUCAAUGAUAAAUGGGCUGCCAGCAACUGGCCCUCUAAGAUCCUUGGGCAGAUAGAGAAUGUGCAGCAGCAGCAUACUGAGGAUGAGGAGAAGUUCCACAAAAUCCAGCUCAUGGACCAAAACAACUUCCAAGAGAAGCUGGAAGGGCUGCAGCUGGUAGUAGCUGGCUUCUCUACCCACGUGGAGAUUUCACGAGCACACGAGAUUGCCAACGAGGUCCGGCGGGUCAAGAAGCAGCUGAAGGAUUGCCAGCAGCUGGCGGCACUCUACAACAACCGCGAGCGAAUCUUUGGCUUGCCUGUCACCAAUUACGACAAGCUCUCAAGAAUGGUGAAGGAAUUCCAGCCCUACCUGGACCUCUGGACCACAGCCUCAGACUGGCUGCGCUGGUCUGAGAGCUGGAUGAACGACCCCCUGUCAGCCAUUGAUGCUGAGCAACUGGAGAAGAAUGUGGUCGAGUCCUUCAAGACAAUGCACAAGUGCGUGAAGCAGUUCAAGGACAUCCCAGCCUGCCAGGAUGUGGCCCUGGACAUCCGAGCCCGCAUCGAGGAGUUCAAGCCAUACAUACCACUGAUCCAAGGGCUUCGUAACCCUGGCAUGCGGAACCGGCACUGGGAGGUACUGUCCAAUGAGAUCAACAUCAACAUCAGGCCCAAGGCCAAUCUGACUUUUGCCCGCUGCCUCAAGAUGAACCUUCAGGAUCAUAUUGAAAGCAUCAGCAAGGUGGCAGAGGUGGCUGGCAAGGAGUAUACAAUUGAGCAGGAGGUGCUGGAGGAGUGGCUGAACUGUCAGAGGGCCUGGCUCUACCUGGAGCCCAUCUUCAGUUCCGAGGACAUCACCCGGCAGCUGCCUGUGGAGAGCAAGCGCUACCAGACCAUGGAGCGAAUCUGGAAGAAGAUCAUGAAGAAUGCCAACGAAAACCGGGAGGUGAUCAAUGUGUGUUUUGACCAAAGGCUGCUGGACAGCCUGCGGGACUGCAACAAGCUGCUGGACCUUGUGCAGAAGGGCCUCAGCGAGUACCUGGAGACCAAGCGCUGCACCUUCCCCAGAUUCUACUUUCUGUCAGAUGAUGAACUACUGGAGAUUUUGUCACAGACAAAGGACCCCACAGCCGUGCAGCCCCACCUGCGCAAAUGCUUCGAGAACAUUGCCCGGCUGCUAUUCCAGGAGGACCUGGAGAUCACACACAUGUACUCAGCAGAGGGCGAGGAGGUGGAGCUGUCCUUCCCCAUCUAUCCCACCAGCAAUGUGGAAGACUGGCUGCUGGAGGUAGAGCGCAGCAUGAAGGCCAGUGUGCGAGACAUCAUUGAGAAGGCCAUCAAGGUGUACCCCACAAUACCUAGGACCCAGUGGGUCCUGAACUGGCCUGGCCAGGUGACCAUCGCUGGCUGCCAGACAUACUGGACAAUGGAAGUGGCCAAGGCGCUUGAGGAUGGCAACAUCGGUAGCAAGUUGUUCCCCCAGCUCUCCUAUCAGCUCAGUGACCUGGUGGCCCUGGUCCGGGGGAAGCUGUCCCGCACACAGCGGGCAGUGCUGUCUGCACUCAUUGUCAUUGAGGUCCAUGCCAAGGAUGUGGUGAGCAGGCUGAUCGAAGAGAAUGUGGUCAGUGUGAAUGACUUCGAGUGGAUCUCACAGCUCAGGUACUACUGGACAAAUAACGACCUGUAUAUCCGUGCAGUGAAUGCAGAGUUCAUCUAUGGCUAUGAGUACCUAGGCAACAGUGGGAGGCUGGUGAUCACGCCCCUCACCGACAGAUGCUAUCUGACUCUGACUGGAGCCCUGCACCUCAAGUUUGGAGGUGCACCAUCUGGCCCAGCUGGCACAGGGAAAACAGAGACCACCAAGGAUCUGGGCAAGGCCUUGGCCAUACAGACGGUUGUAUUCAACUGCUCUGACCAGCUGGACUUCAUGGCCAUGGGCAAGUUUUUCAAGGGCCUGGCCAGUGCUGGGGCCUGGGCCUGCUUCGACGAGUUCAAUCGUAUUGACAUUGAGGUGCUGUCUGUGGUGGCACAGCAAAUCACCACCAUCCAGAAGGCUCAGCAACAGCGGGUGGAGCGCUUCAUGUUUGAGGGUGUUGAGAUCCCCCUUGUACCAUCUUGUGCUGUGUUUAUCACCAUGAACCCAGGAUAUGCUGGCCGUACAGAGCUGCCUGACAACCUAAAGGCCCUCUUCCGGCCCGUGGCCAUGAUGGUCCCCGAUUAUGCCAUGAUUGCUGAGAUUUCCCUCUACUCCUUUGGCUUCAAUGAGGCCAAUAUGCUGGCUAAGAAGAUCACCACCACCUUCAAGCUGUCUUCUGAGCAGCUCAGCUCCCAGGAUCACUAUGACUUUGGGAUGAGAGCUGUGAAGACUGUGAUCUCGGCUGCUGGGAACCUCAAGCGAGAAAACCCCAACAUGAAUGAGGAGCUCAUCUGCCUUCGGGCCAUCCGAGAUGUGAACGUGCCCAAGUUCUUGCAAGAGGACCUCAAGCUCUUUUCAGGGAUUGUGUCUGACCUGUUUCCUACCAUCAAGGAGGAGGAGACUGACUAUGGCAUCCUUGACCAGGCCAUCCGCAAGGCCUGUGAGAAGAAGAACCUCAAGGAUGUGGAGGGCUUCCUGAUCAAGUGCAUCCAGCUCUAUGAGACCACAGUGGUGCGGCAUGGCCUCAUGCUUGUUGGGCCCGCGGGCUCUGGCAAGAGUAAGUGUUACAGAGUCCUGGCAUCUGCCAUGACAGCACUGAAAGGUCAGCCAUCCAUCAGUGGUGGUGUGUACGAAGCUGUCAACUACUACGUACUCAACCCCAAGUCUAUCACAAUGGGCCAGCUAUAUGGGGAGUUUGACCUGCUCACCCGUGAAUGGACCGAUGGGAUUUUCCCCUCCCUCAUCCGGGCAGGGGCCAUUGCUAAUGACACCAAUAAGAAAUGGUAUAUGUUUGAUGGACCAGUGGAUGCUGUCUGGAUAGAGAACAUGAACACAGUACUGGAUGACAACAAGAAGCUGUGCCUCAGCUCUGGGGAAAUCAUCAAACUCACAGAGGCAAUGACCAUGAUGUUUGAGGUACAGGAUCUGGCAGUGGCCUCACCAGCCACAGUAUCCCGCUGUGGCAUGGUAUACCUGGAGCCCAGCAUCCUAGGGCUUAUGCCCUUUGUUGAAUGCUGGCUAAAGAAGCUCCCUUCCAUAAUGAAGCCCUACAAGGAGCAGCUCAAGACUCUCUUUGACAAGUUACUGGAGAGCUCCAUCACCUUCGUUCGCUCAACAGUAAAGGAAGUGAUUGCCUCAACCAAUAGCAACCUGACUAUGAGCCUUCUCAAACUGCUCGACUGCUUCUUCAAGCCUUUCCUGCCAAAAGAGGGCCACAAGAAGAUCCCCCCGGAAAAGCUGAGUCGCAUCUCAGAGCUGAUCGAGCCCUGGUUCAUCUUCUCCCUGGUCUGGAGUGUAGGCGCCACUGGGGAUGACACUAGCCGCCUCAACUUCAGCUACUGGCUAAGGAUGAAGAUGAUGAUGGAAAGGCUGACUCAUCAGUUCCCUGAAGAGGGAAUGGUGUUCGAUUACAGGCUGGAUGACGCUGGGAUCAGCAGCACUGAGGAUGAUGAGGAUGAAGAGGACGAAAACAAGCAGGUUACUUGGGUGAAGUGGAUGGAUGCCUCGGUUCCCUUCACCAUGAUGCCAGACACCAACUACUGCAAUAUCAUCGUGCCUACCACGGACACCAUGCAGAUGUCCUACCUGCUGGGCAUGCUGAUCACCAACAACAAGCCUGUGCUGUGUAUUGGGCCGACAGGCACAGGGAAGACGCUUACUGUCUCCAAUAAACUCCUCAAGAACUUGCCGCUGGAGUACAUCAGCCACUUCCUCACCUUCUCAGCCCGCACCUCGGCCAACCAGACCCAGGACCUUAUUGACAGCAAGCUGGACAAGAGGCGGAAGGGUGUGUUCGGGCCACCCCUGGGGCACAACUUCAUCUUCUUCAUUGAUGACCUGAACAUGCCAGCUCUGGAGACAUAUGGCGCUCAGCCGCCCAUUGAGUUGUUGCGCCAGUGGAUGGACCAUGGUGGCUGGUAUGACCGAAAGAUCAUCGGAGCCUUCAAGAACCUGGUGGACAUCAACUUUGUCUGUGCCAUGGGCCCCCCAGGGGGAGGCAGGAAUGCUCUCACUCCAAGGCUGACUCGCCACUUCAACUACCUGUCCUUCACUGAGAUGGAUGAGGUCAGCAAGAAACACAUCUUCUCCACCAUUUUGAGAUGCUGGAUGGAUGGACUUCUUGGAGAGAAAAGUUACCGAGAGCCUGUGCCCGGGGCCCCCAACAUCACCCACUUGACGGUGCCCCUCGUGGAAGCCACCAUAAGGGUGUAUGCUACCAUCACCUCCCAGCUGCUGCCCACUCCAGCCAAGUCCCACUAUACCUUCAAUCUGAGGGAUCUCUCCAAGGUCUUCCAGGGCAUGCUCAUGGCUGACCCAGCCAAGGUCAAGGACAAGGUGCAGCUGCUAAGACUGUGGUACCAUGAGAACUGCCGCGUGUUCCGUGACCGACUGGUGAAUGAAGAUGACCGCAGCUGGUUUGACGAGCUCCUCGAGAGCCACAUGGAGCAAUGGGAGGUAGCCUUCAACAAAGUCUGCCCCUUCCAGCCCAUUCUUUAUGGGGACUUCAUGUCACCAGGCUCAGGUGCGAAGUCCUAUGAGCUCAUCACCAGUGAGAAUAAGAUGAUGCAGGUGAUCAAGGAAUACAUGGAGGAUUACAAUCAGAUCAACACAGCCAAGCUGAAGCUGGUGCUCUUUGUGGAUGCCAUGAGCCACAUCUGCCGUAUCAGCCGCACUCUGCGCCAGGCACUGGGCAAUGCACUCCUGCUGGGUGUAGGUGGCAGUGGCCGCAGUUCCCUCACCCGGCUUGCUUCCCACAUGUCUGAAUACGAGUGCUUCCAGAUAGAGCUGUCCAAGAACUAUGGCAUGUCCGAGUGGCGUGAAGAUGUCAAGAAGGUUCUCCUCAAGGCCGGCUUACAGAACCUGCCCAUCACCUUCCUGUUCUCAGACUCCCAGAUCAAGAAUGAGUCCUUCCUGGAGGACAUUAACAAUGUCCUGAACUCGGGUGAUAUCCCCAACCUCUACAGUGCAGAUGAACAGGACCAGAUUAUCAAUUCUAUGCGGCCCCACAUCCAGGAGCAGGGCCUGCAGCCCACCAAGGCCAACCUCAUGGCUGUGUACACUGGGCGCGUGCGCAACAACAUCCACAUGGUGCUGUGCAUGAGCCCAAUUGGAGAGGUCUUUCGAGCUCGCCUGAGGCAGUUCCCUUCCCUCGUCAACUGCUGUACAAUUGACUGGUUUAAUGAGUGGCCACCAAAGGCCCUGCAGUCUGUGGCCACCAUGUUCCUGAACGAGAUCCCAGAACUGGAAUCAUCCCAUGAAAUAAUUGAAGGACUGAUUCAGGUUUGCGUAUAUAUCCACCAGUCAGUGGCCAAGAAGUGUGUUGAGUACCUGGCAGAGCUGUCCCGCCACAACUACGUGACCCCCAAGAGCUAUUUGGAGCUGCUCAAUAUUUUCUCCAUCCUCAUUGGGCAGAAGAAAAUGGAGCUAAAAACUGCCAAAAACCGCAUGAAGAGUGGCCUUGACAAGCUUCUGCGUACCUCUGAGGAUGUGGCCAAGAUGCAGGAGGAACUGGAGAUUAUGCGCCCCCUGCUGGAGGAGGCCGCCAAGGACACCAUGCUCACAAUGGAGCAGAUCAAGGUGGACACAGCCAUAGCUGAGGAGACCCGGAAAUCAGUGCAGGCAGAGGAAAUUAAGGCCAAUGAAAAGGCCAGUAAGGCACAAGCUAUUGCUGACGAUGCUCAGAAGGAUCUGGAUGAGGCACUGCCAGCCCUGGAUGCAGCCCUGGCCAGCCUUCGCAACCUCAACAAAAAUGAUGUGACAGAGGUGCGUGCCAUGCAGCGCCCACCCCCAGGCGUGAAGCUCGUCAUAGAAGCUGUGUGCAUCAUGAAAGGCAUCAAACCCAAGAAGGUACCUGGAGAGAAGCCGGGCUCCAAAGUGGAUGAUUACUGGGAGUCAGGCAAGGGGCUCCUGCAGGACCCAGGUCGCUUUCUUGAAAGCCUCUUCAAGUUUGACAAGGGCAACAUUGGGGAGGCAGUGAUCAAAGCCAUCCAGCCAUACAUCGACAACGAGGAGUUCCAGCCAGCCACCAUUGCCAAGGUGUCCAAGGCCUGCACAUCUAUCUGCCAGUGGGUGCGCGCCAUGCAUAAGUACCACUUUGUAGACAAGGCUCUGGAGCUCAAACGGCAAGCCCUAAGGGAAGCCCAGGAUGACUUGGAAGUGACACAAAGGAUCCUGGAGGAGGCAAAGAUGCACCUGCGUGAAGUGGAAGAUGGCAUCGCCACCAUGCAGGCCAAGUAUCGAGAGUGUGUGGCCAAGAAGGAGGAGCUGGAACUUAAGUGUGAACAAUGUGAGCAGCGCUUAGGCAGAGCUGACAAGCUCAUCAACGGGCUAUCAGAUGAGAAGGUGCGCUGGCAGGAGACGCUGGAGAACCUGGAGAACAUGCUUGAUAACAUCUCCGGUGAUAUGCUGGUGGCUGCUGGCUUUGUGGCCUACCUGGGCCCCUUCACGGGUCAGUAUCGCACAACGCUCUAUAACCAGUGGGUCAAGGAGCUCACAGUUCAUGAAGUCCCACACACCUCCAAGCCCACACUGGUUGCGACACUGGGAAACCCUGUGAAGAUUCGCUCGUGGCAGAUUGCUGGCCUCCCCAAUGACACUUUGUCAGUGGAGAAUGGAGUCAUCAACCAGUACUCCCAGCGCUGGACCCAUUUCAUUGAUCCUCAGGGUCAGGCCAACAAAUGGAUCAAGAAUAUGGAGAAGGAUAAUGGACUGGAUGUGUUCAAACUGAGUGACCGAGACUUCCUGCGCAGCAUGGAGAAUGCCAUCCGCUUUGGCAAGCCAUGCCUUCUGGAAAAUGUGGGCGAGGAGCUGGACCCAGCCCUGGAACCUGUGCUCCUCAAGCAGACAUACAAACAGCAGGGUAACAUGGUGCUGAAGUUGGGGGAUACAGUGAUCCCCUACCAUGAGGACUUCAAGAUGUAUAUCACCACCAAGCUGCCCAAUCCUCACUAUACACCAGAGCUCUCCACCAAACUCACCCUCAUCAACUUUACCCUGUCACCCAGUGGCCUAGAAGACCAGCUAUUGGGCCAGGUAGUGGCUGAGGAACGACCUGACCUGGAAGAGGCCAAGAACCAGCUGAUUAUCAGUAAUGCCAAGAUGCAUCAGGAGCUUAAAGACAUUGAGGACCAGAUUCUGUACCACAUCAGCUCCUCUGAAGGCAACCCUGUGGAUGAUAUGGAGCUCAUCAAGAUUCUAGAGGCUUCCAAGAUUAAGGCUGCUGAGAUCCAGACCAAGGUCAGGAUUGCAGAGCAGACGGAGAAGAACAUUGACCUCACACGUAUGGAGUACAUACCUGUGGCUGUCCGCGCCCAGAUCCUCUUCUUCUGUGUGUCUGACCUGGUCAAUGUGGACCCCAUGUACCAGUACUCCCUUGAGUGGUUCCUCAACAUCUUCCUCUCAGGCAUUGCCAACUCAGAGAGGGCAGAUAACCUGAAGAAGCGCAUCACUAACAUCAACUGCUACCUGACCUACAGCCUUUAUAGCAACGUCUGCCGCAGCCUCUUUGAGAAGCAUAAGCUGAUGUUUGCCUUCCUGCUGUGUGUCCGCAUCAUGAUGAAUGAGGGCAAAAUCAACCAGGGUGAGUGGCGGCAUCUCCUUUCUGGAGGCUCCAUCCAGACCAUGACUGAGAACCCUGCACCAGACUGGCUAUCAGACCGGGCCUGGCGAGACAUCCUGGCACUUUCAAACCUGCCAGCCUUUUCCUCCUUCUCUUCAGACUUUGUGACGCACCUCUCACAAUUCCGGGCCAUCUUCGACAGCACUGAACCCCACCGGGAGCUCUUGCCUGGCAUCUGGGACAAAUACCUGGACCAGUUCCAGAAGCUGCUUGUCCUCCGUUGCCUCCGUGGAGACAAGGUUACUAAUGCCAUGCAGGACUUUGUGGCCAACCACCUGGAGCCCCGUUUCAUUGAGCCCCAGACAGUCAAUCUGUCCGCGGUAUUCAAAGAGUCUAACUCCACCACACCCCUCAUCUUUGUGCUGUCACCUGGCACUGACCCAGCUGCUGAUCUCUACAAAUUUGCAGAAGAAAUGAAGUUCUCCAAGAAGCUCUCUGCCAUCUCUCUAGGCCAGGGGCAGGGCCCUCGGGCAGAAGCCAUGAUGCGUAGCUCCAUAGAGAGGGGCAAGUGGGUCUUCUUUCAGAACUGCCACCUGGCACCAAGCUGGAUGCCAGCCCUGGAGCGGCUCAUUGAGCACAUCAAUCCUGACAAGGUGCACCGGGACUUCCGCCUGUGGCUCACCAGCCUGCCCAGCAACAAAUUUCCAGUGUCCAUCCUGCAAAAUGGCUCCAAGAUGACCAUUGAACCACCACGUGGUAUAAAGGCCAACCUGCUGAAGUCCUAUAACAGCCUCAGCGAUGACAUCCUCCACUCCUGUCUUAAAGUAGUGGAGUUCAAGUCCCUGCUGCUGUCCCUGUGCCUGUUCCAUGGGAAUGCACUUGAACGUCGUAAGUUUGGACCCCUGGGCUUCAACAUCCCCUAUGAGUUCACAGAUGGAGACCUACGUAUCUGCAUCAGCCAGCUCAAGAUGUUCCUAGAUGAAUAUGAUGACAUCCCUUACAAGGUCCUCAAGUACACAGCUGGAGAGAUCAACUACGGUGGUCAUGUCACUGAUGACUGGGACCGGCGUUGUGUCACGAACAUCCUAGAGGACUUCUACAACCCUAGUGUGCUCAAUCCUGAGCACAGCUACAGCACCUCAGGGAUCUACCACCAGAUCCCAUCCACCUAUGACCUCAAUGGCUACCUUUCCUACAUCAAGGGCCUUCCACUCAAUGACAUGCCUGAGAUCUUCGGUCUGCAUGACAAUGCCAACAUCACCUUUGCCCAGAAUGAGACUUUCGCCCUGUUCAAUGCCAUUCUUCAGCUGCAGCCCAAAUCAUCCUCUGUGGGCGGCCAGAGCCGGGAGGCGAUAGUAGAGGACGUGGCUGAGAACAUUCUGUUGCAGUUGCCUGAGCCUGUUGACUUCCAAGAAGUGAUCACCAAGUACCCUAUGCUCUAUGAGGAAUCAAUGAACACAGUGCUGGCACAAGAGGUUAUUAGGUAUAACCAGCUUCUAGGGGUGAUCACACAGACACUUCGUGACAUGCUCAAGGCACUUAAGGGGCUGGUGGUGAUGUCCUUGGAGCUGGAGCUGAUGUCUACCAGCCUCUACAACAAUACUGUGCCUGAGCUCUGGAAUAACAAGGCCUACCCAUCACUCAAGCCACUGGCUUCAUGGAUCAUGGACCUGCUGGAGCGCCUGAAAUUCUUGCAGUCCUGGAUUGAAAAUGGCAUCCCAACUGUCUUCUGGAUCAGUGGCUUCUUCUUCCCUCAGGCUUUCCUAACAGGCACCCUGCAGAACUUUGCCCGAAAGUUCCUCAUCUCUAUCGACACCAUCUCCUUUGAUUUCAAGGUGCUGUCCAAGUCACAAUCAGAAAUCAAGGAAAGGCCCCCAAUAGGGUGCUAUAUCUAUGGACUGUUCUUAGAAGGUGCCCGCUGGGACCCAAUAAUCUUCCAGCUGACUGAGUCUCGGCCCAAAGAGCUGUAUACAGAGAUGGCUGUUAUCUGGCUCCUCCCGAUGGCCAACCGCAAGCCUGAGCACCAGGACUUCUACCUGUGCCCUAUCUAUAAGACUCUGACCCGUGCUGGAACAUUAUCAACUACAGGCCAUUCUACAAAUUACAUCAUUGCUGUGGAGAUCCCCACUUACCAGCCUCAGCGACACUGGAUAAAGCGUGGUGUAGCCCUCAUCUGUGCUCUGGACUACUAGACUCAAGACA